UGCAAUAAAGCAGAUGGUUAAACUCUUCUUUUACACUCAGUUCCUAAGAACAUCUCUGGCGAUGAUAGACGACAGUGCCUGGAGCAGCCAGAUAAGCCUUGAGUUGAACCAGCAGAUGGCCAGCUAUACCAGCCCCUCCCGUGAGAAGAGAUUCCUGUAUAAGGCGCUAGGAACGUCCUUAGCAGUUUGUCAGGACCUGGUCCAUGUUAAAUCGCAGCUUCAUAAAUUUUUGACAGCAACAGAUUAUAUGGAAGCCCCUGAGAGACAGAGAGUCAUUUCCAUCCUCGCAUUCUGUGCUGAGAGCCACUUGGACCUCACCCUGAACACACUUCAGGAGUUUGGGGCUGCAAUGAGCAAGGUGAAGAUUUCUGGGUUCAUCAGCCGCCUGAAGGACUACUACCAUGGGAGAAGAGGCAAGACUCGCAGCACCCUGAUGCUGACUUACAGCAACGUGGCUGUCCAUGCUCCAAAAGACCAGCUUCUCUCCCGGGUAGAGGCAGACAUCACAGGGAACAUCCUUCUCCAUUACAGAGCCAGUUGUCAGGUGCUGGGCAUCACUGUUGCGAACAAGGUACAUUCUAAAUAAUCUGCCCUCUGCUUUUGCGUUUUCUAUACACAAGUUGCUUGUUUAAAUUGCACAAAGCUUGGUUUCCUUGCUACAUCAAGCAGGAGUCCUGGCUGCUCUGGUGUAAGUGGACCUGGAUUUAUUUGAUGAAC